UCCACACGAAUUCAUACUUAUUGUCUGGAAAUCGUUUAACAUUCCAAAAUUAUUAUAUUUCUCACUUUUUUCCAGGCUUUAAGUGGUUUCCUGAUGAUGAUGACGCAGAACGGGAAGCUAUUGUACAUAUCGGAUAAUGCUGCAGAGUACCUGGGCCAUUCCAUGGAGGACCUAUUGAUCCAUGGAGAUAGUGUAUAUGACAUAAUAGAUAAGCAAGAUCACCAGGCGAUCCAGUGCGAAUUGGGAAGGCCAGUGAAUGCGGGAUCGAACAAUAACCCGAGUGAUGAAAUUCGGCUGUUUUUAUGUAGGAUGAAUGUAUCUAGGAAUGCUAGGAGACAAAUGAGAUUUGGAGACCAAAAGGUUGUAUUGGUGCAAGGCCGUUACCUGUCGUUCCUGCCGCUGUGCAGCCGCAACGAGCCAGUCUUCCUGGCCACGUGCACCCCGGUGGCCAUGCCAGAGACGAGGGAGUGCGUCGUGCAGGGCGCCACUAACGUGUUCACAUCCAUCCACUCGAUGGACAUGCGGUACAUCCACAUCGACGCCAACGGCGAAUUCUACCUGGGCUUUCCGCGCUCCGAUCUCCAGGGGUUGUCCUGGUACCGGCUGCUGCACUGGGAAAGCACGCGUGAGGCCCAGACCAAACAUCGACUCAUCACCCAAUCGGAGCAGGAACGCUCGUGCAUCCUGCUGGCCCAGUUCCAACGUCGCACCGGCGAGUGGAUCUGGAUGCACUGCGUGCUGCAAGUGAAGGAGAGCUCCGAAAGCAACCAGCAACCAGUCAUCGUGUGCACCAACCAGGUGCUCAGCGAGGCGGAGGCGGCGGUGAUGCGGACGAACGGCUGGCUGUACCAGUACUACUCGGCGCAGAGCAAGCUGCAGUACGGGCUGGCGUACGACGCGGGCCACGCGGCCCGUCUGGUCUACUACCCGGAGCACCCGCCGCAGGCGCCCGAGUACGGGGGGAGUCACGAGGCAGGGGGGUACCACCUGAACUCCAUGCCUUCUACCCUACAGCCCCACCUGACCCACCACGCGGCCGUCACGCACGCGCACGCGCACCACCACCACCAGCAGCACCAGCAGCGCCACCACCGGCGCGCCGAAUCGGAGCCGGUCGACUACUCGUACAGCAAACGCAAGCCGAAGGAGCCGCAGCUGCGGCCACCGCUGCGCCGCCUCGAGCUCGACCUGGCGGACCGCGACGCCGCGGAGGCGGGCGUCGGCGGCGGCGGUUUGUUGGUCGUGUCGCACCUGUCGGAGCGGCCGAGGACGCUGCUCAAGGUCGACCCGAGCGACCUGAUGGACCAGUGGAACCCGAGCCCGCCGUGGUCUGAUACUCUGCAGAAGGUGCCCGACUUGUGCCACCAAGAGCUCAGCCCGUACAUCGGCAGCGCCCCGCCCACCCCGACGGCCACCCCCAGCGCGCAGGCGAGCGCCUUCUCCUUCGACUGGAUGCCCGAGCAGUACGUCCCGUCGAUGGGGGCGGCAGCGGCGGCGGCCGACGACGAGCGCCAGUACUGGCCCACGGAGCACCGGCUGUUCCCGCUGCAGCCGCCGCCGAAAAGGGCGCAUCCGACGCCCGGCAAGUCCGAGUCGGCUGACAGGGACACGCCGUAG